CCACGACCUUCGUCGCUCAAUUGAACCGGCAAUGGCUACAUACUUCUUCGCCUCACCGAUCGAUGUCGACAUCAAGCUCAGCGAUGAGGAGGCAAGGAAAUCUGUCGAACUGCGAGAAGAGAAAGACAAAGUAACGUCCUGCCUAGUUUACUACGACGGCGACUCUAUCGGUGGUCAUAUCGUCGUUCGUGUUCGUGACGGCAAGAAAAUAACCCACGAGGGCAUCAAGGUUGAAUUUGUGGGCAACAUUGAGCUGUUCUAUGACCGGGGUAACCACCAUGAGUUCCUGUCGUUAUCUCAGGAACUUGCUGCUCCAGGAGAACUGAGGCAAUCACAAACAUUCGACUUCAAUUUCAAGAACGUCGAGAAACAAUACGAAAGUUAUCGAGGCAUAAAUGUAAAGCUUCGUUACUUCAUACGAGUAAGUAUAUCGCGAAGAAUGGCGGACGUGAAAAAAGAAAAGGAAGUAUGGGUCCACUCGUUCAGGAUGCCACCAGAUAGCAACAAUUCCAUACGAAUGGAAGUCGGCAUAGAGGACUGUUUGCACAUCGAGUUUGAGUACAACAAAUCGAAAUACCAUUUGAAGGAUGCCAUCGUCGGGAAGAUAUACUUUCUUCUUGUCCGCGUGAAGAUCAAACAUAUGGAACUCUCAAUCAUUCGGAGGGAGACGACUGGAACACCGCCAAACCAGUACAAUGAAAGCGAAACCAUAACAAAGUUUGAGAUUAUGGAUGGUGCUCCAGUAAGAGGGGAGACCAUUCCUAUAAGACUGUUCUUGGGCGGGUUCGAUAUCACGCCAACAUUCCGUGAUGUGAACAAGAAAUUCAGUACGCGAUAUUACCUCAAUCUUGUCCUCGUCGACGAGGAGAACCGGCGUUAUUUCAAACAGCAGGAAAUAACUAUCUUCAGGAUACCUGAGAAUUAGUCGUCGCGCCCCUUCUUGCUUUAUGUACAUCACUGUUAUGAACUUCGAUUUUGGACCCUUGUGGACCUGUGGAUAAAUUUUAGUCAAUUCUGAGCUAUAUGGCAUCUGUCUGAGACACCCCCGUCCCUGUUCUUCGUGUAAUGGGAUUCUACCGACUCUUACAUAUUCAGCAUUAGAGCUCGAUAACCCGAGAUGCUUAUUCACAGAUAACUGCUAGGCUAAUUUACUGCGGCUUUACG